GACUUUAUUGUAACCCACCUCGGUGGCUGCGAGCAUUUCUACACAAGGGAUUCUCUAUUACACUCGCACAGAAUAGCAUCAUACCGUGCGUCGAGAAUGGGGACUUGAACCUUUUCCUCAGUGCCGUGUUUUCUGCUCCGUGUUGUUGGAGACAGGUCCGCCCAGGGAAGGAUGAACAUCAUUUCACCCAGAUGGAAGGAGAUCAAAGUCGUUGGUGUUUUUGUGAUUGUGUACAGCUUCAUAAUUUCAUUUCAUUUACUCCGCAUCAUCGACAACACAGGGACCCAGGACCUCAGCGAACAACUCCAACUGUUCAAAAUGGAAUCAUUAAAAGCCAGUGGGGAUCAUAAGAAGGUGUCAGUACUUAGAACAGACAAUGUCGAUCGUGCAGGGGAGAAAGGAAAGAGAAAUGACAUUCUGGCACUGGUAUUACUCAAUAAAGCGCCAGACUUGAACGUACAGUUGAAAAAGCAAAAACCGAUCCGAGCCGGAGUGAGACAGAUGGAGGCGAAGGAUCUAAAAUCUAUCGUAAAUGGAGAUGCCGCUUACAAUGACACAAACAACGCUAACAGUGGCCAAGUGAUGUCGCCUGGUUUCAUGGGCGCUCCAGUGAUAAUAGACCGUGACACACUUACCCCCCAGGAGAAGAAGCUGUACGACAAGGGAUGGGACGAUAACACCUUCAACCAGUUCGCCAGUGACAGAAUACCACUGACCAGGGACCUGCCAGAUCUCAGGCACCCACUGUGCAGAAGUCAGACUUAUCCAUGGUCACUUCCAAGAACGAGCGUAAUAAUCUGUUUUCACAACGAGGCCUGGUCGACGCUUUUGCGAACUGUUCACAGCGUAUUGAAGACGACACAUCCGCGCUUACUGGAAGAAAUAAUCCUUGUUGAUGACGCCUCGACUAUGGAUCAUCUGAAAAAGGAUUUGGACACAUACGUCGCCAAGCUGCCAAAGGUCAAGGUCAUUCGCUUACCCAAGAGGGAGGGGCUAGUGAGAGCGAGGCUGAUGGGGACAGAAGUGGCCAAGUCGGAAGUUUUAACUUUCCUUGACUCGCAUUGCGAAUGUGUGACGGGAUGGGCGGAGCCUCAACUCGCACGAAUACAUCACAACCCGUCAGUAGUAGUGUGGCCGGUGAUCCCCAGCAUAGAUCAUAGCACAUUUGAGUUCAAGCACAAACCGGAGGAUUUAGUAGCCGCAAAGGGGGGCUUCUACUGGGACAUGAACUUCCGAUGGGAGCCCAUCACUGAGCGUGACAAUGUGGACAGACAAGACCUUACAAGCCCAGUCAGAUCUCCGACGAUGGCCGGGGGACUGUUUAUGAUCAACAAACAAUUCUUUGAGCACCUUGGAACCUAUGACCCACAGUUUGAACUCUGGGGUGGAGAAAAUAUGGAACUAUCGUUUAAGAUUUGGAUGUGUGGUGGGUCGCUGAAGAUCAUUCCGUGUUCUCUUAUCGGCCACAUCUUCCGACGAACUUCUCCAAUGCACUUUGCGGCCAACACCGUCCAGCGGAACUCACAGAGAGUGGCGGAGAUCUGGCUUGACGAGUAUAAAGACAUCUAUUACGAACAUAUUGGGACUAGACUGGCGGACAUAGGCAAUAUUUCACAACGGCAAGAUCUGAGGCGAGAGCUUAGAUGUCAGAGCUUUGACUGGUACAUAAAAAACAUAUACCCGGAAGUGUUUCUUCCUUCAGAUGCGUUACAGAGAGGAACUAUCCAGUCUGCUGGUGUGGAGACAUUUUGUUUAGAUGCAAUGGAAAAGAGGGCUCACAAGAAAGCAGUACAAUUAACAAAGUGUCGUAAAAAAGGCAUGUCCCAGGUGAGCUAUAAUGAAUAUCGAGAUAAACCGCGUCAGUAUCAAAGGUACUGGAUGUAGUCUUGUCAAAGUCAG